AUGUUGGACCCAAAGACGUCGCUGGCGAUUGAUGCGCCGCCUGUUGCGCCCUAUGACGACGGCUUCUCCACUGACAGCGAGGACUAUAAUGCAGACGCCAUUCCACACGAUUCGUUAGUGUCUUCUACCGUCACCUGUUACGCCAGAAAUGCAGUCAUCAUCGAGAACCAGCCCAAUAUCCAACGGCAACAUAUCCAGAACAAAGUGGCAACAAACGCCAGUAAACAGCCCUCCGAGGACAAACCUCAGUCCACUGCAGCUACAACACUCGAAACUGAGGGAAAAAUUUUGACACGCGCUGCUGACGACGCCAAAAGAGCAGCCAGCUGGCGUUUUAAACCUCAAGAAACCGCGCCAACUGGUGCCCCUCCUAGGAAAAGUGUCAAUAAAAGCGAAGAACACUGCAGAAGCUGCAAGGGAUACCUGACGCCAUUGGGCGAAAGGCUCAAAAUGACGAGGACUGCAGCCUUCCUGCAGGUCGGGAAGAACCUGCCGCCCUCAAGACAAUGCUGCUGCUGCCACAUCACGUACCCGCUCGUGGCUCUCACGGAUGAGAGCAGGAGUCGAGCGUGUACACAGCCACGUUGCUACAUGUGCAACUGGGCAGCCAGAGCUGCUGAGAAGUGUUCAUCUGUGGGUGCAAAGCGAACAGUGGACGGAGCUGUGAAAGGUGCAGCAGGACUGAGCCCCACCGAAGCGUCAAAACUGCGAGACAAGGGGAAUUUAACUGCAAAAGAAAUCCCCAACAUGGCUACAACACGUGAAACCAGCGAAACAGACGAGAAUUGCUGCAAAAGCUGCAAGGGAAAGUUGCCAUCGCUAACCGAACGCCUCGCAGCGAUGAAGUCUCCAGCUGAGCACCUAAAUAAGGAGCAGGGAUGGAGAGUUUCCCCACCGAGUACUCGACAAUGCUCCUGCUGCUUUCUCACAUUCCCACUGGCGUCAGUCACUGAGGAAAGCAGGAGCGUCAUGUGCGCUAAGCCUCUGUGCUCUGCUUGUGAUGGAGCUAGGAGACUGGCUUGUACGUCGGAAGAGAAGGCUCCAACAGCCAACUCUACCCAGCCGAAUCCCGAGAAGACGCCGGAGAUUAUUGUGGUGGACGGAGGAGAAGACGAUGAAGAAGGAGAACUAGUGGAGCAAGAAAUCUGCCAACGCUGCGGAGGCGACCUGAUCCCUCCUUUGAAGAGACUGGAGUUGGUGAAGGACGCGGCUCUGACACUCGGAGGAAAGAAAUCGCCACCGUCGAGACAAUGCGCGUGUUGUCGCGUGACGUACCUGAUGGGGUCACUGACCAAGAAGAGCAGGAAAGUGACUCGUGCGGUGCCAAUUUGCCACAGUUGUUGCGUGGCAGGCGGGCCACCUAUUUAUGAAAUGCUGUGCACGAGCGACGAGUUCCUUGAAGCCUUUAAAGUCGAGGACCCUGUUACAGCUCGACUUUUCUUACGGAAGAAGGAGAAGGGAACUAUCGCGAAGGCAAUAGACGCUCAGAGGAAGCGCAUGAUGAAGAGAACGAAGUCGUCGGCGCAGACAUCGAAGACAGACACCCAAAACGCACAGACAGCGAGCAAGCAAGCGCCCGAGGGAGUCGCACCAAUGUACAAGCCACGCAACCUAAAGGGUCGGCUUUUCGGUGGACCCCGCUAUCAACUGAUGCCCAAGAAGGCUCGAAAAAGCAUGCCGGCACCUCGGUUGAUCAUCGGGAGUCCGGUGGCUCGCGGUCGUGGGCAGGUGGAAGACGAAGGGGAACAGCCGACGGAUUCGAAUUUGCCGCAGAGGUCGCGGACGGCGCGAAAUCAAAGCGAGGAACCUCAAAUUGAGAAGAGGGGGCAAGGAACGGGGUGA